UGGACAGCAGCCUCGGCGCCGCCGCUCCGCGCUUCUCUUCCCCCUCCCUCCCCUCCCGCUCCCCGCUCUCGGGUCUCCCCUCCUGUCCCCCAUUUCCCCCUCGGCUCUGGGGGGGACUGGCGGGUCCUGGGGUGCCUUGCGAUCGUUGCUCUCCCCCGGCGUCCUCACCAGCUCGGGCCCGAGCCAUCCAUUUCUGGAAGGAAACGGAGGGAAGAGAAGGGCAGUGAGGGGCGCGUCUCCCCACCCCCUCGCCCGCAGGCUUGGGGGACGCCAGCGGGGAGAGGGGGGGUCUUAAGCUGCCGCUUCCACGAGGCCGUCCCGCAAUUCUUUGGGAGGUUCAUGAUUUUAUCAGUUGGCAAGAUGACCAUUUGUAUUUUUGCCAAAAAAAUCCAGUGAAUCAUCAUAUUAAUUCUACAGAAGUGCAUGCUUGGCAAGAAUCCAACCGUAUUGACCACCUGAUUUCAGGAUGACUGAGGGUUUAGAUCACAGAUUCAGUUAUCUCACCUGGGAACAGAUUAAAAUACUGGAUCAAGUGCUGACUGAGGUGAUCCCCAUUCAUGGAAGAGGGAAUUUUCCAACUUUAGAGGUCAAGCCAAAAGACAUCAUUCAUGUUGUCAAAGAGCAACUGAUAAAGAAACAAAUCAUUGUUCAUGAUGUUCGCUUGAAUGGAUCCACGGCGAGUCAUAUACUUGUUAAACAAAAUGGCACCAGCUACAAAGACUUGGACAUCAUUUUUGGUGUGGAGCUUCCAAGUGAGCAUGAAUUUCAGGUUGUGAAGGAAUCUGUCUUGAGUUGCCUCUUGGAUUUUUUACCAAAAGGUGUCAACAAGGAAAAAAUCACGGCACAGACCAUGAAAGAUGCUUACGUUCAGAAGAUGGUAAAGGUAUCCACAGACCAUGAUCGCUGGAGCCUCAUCUCCCUGUCCAACAACAGUGGCAAAAAUGUGGAGCUCAAGUUUGUCAACUCUCUCCGGAGGCAGUUUGAGUUUAGUGUAGAUUCUUUUCAGAUCAUCCUCGACACUGUGUUGAAUGUUUAUAGUGAUGCAAAUGGCAAACUUACGGAAGAUGCUGAGCUGUCUGUUGUUGCUGAGAGCAUGUAUAGAGACUUUGAUGAAGCUAUGGACCACUUGAAAUACAAACUGAUUGCUACAAGGAACCCAGAAGAGAUCCGUGGAGGAGGUCUUCUGAAAUAUAGCAAUCUUCUGGUCCGGGAUUUUAAGCCAGCUGAUGAGGCAGAGAUUAAAUCAUUGGAACGUUACAUGUGUUCUCGGUUCUUCAUUGACUUUCCAGAUGUAGCUGAGCAACAACGGAAGAUUGAGUCUUACCUGCGUAAUCACUUCAUUGGGGAAGAGAAGAGCAAGUAUGACUACCUGAUGACCUUGCGUGGGGUUGUGAAUGAGAGUACGGUCUGCCUUAUGGGCCACGAACGAAGGCAAACGCUAAAUAUGAUUACAAUCCUGGCUCUCAAAGUACUUGGAGAGCAGAACAUCAUCCCCAAUGUAGCCAAUGUAACCUGCUACUAUCAGCCUGCCCCUUAUAUCAGAGACAGGAACUUCAGCAAUUACUAUAUCGCUCAUGGACAACCUUCUAUUAUCUACCAGCCCUAUUCCUUCCACAUACACAUGCAAAGUGGUAUGGUGUAACCGAUCACGAAACCUCCUUGCCUUACAUCAGCGCUCAAUCAACCCUUGCUCCACCCAACAAUUCUCUUCAAAAUAAAGCCCUCGUUAAAGCAAGUUUUCCCACCACGUUUGAUUAGCGGGACAUCAUUUGGUGUGUGUACCCAUCUAUACAUGUGUGCUGUGGCAAAUGUCCAUCGUCGGUCCAGACCUUGAAAUAUCCUUCAGGCAGCUUGGCAAAGUGUGACUUGGAUAUCAAAGGAGUUGUGUUUUGAUUGACUACACAUUGCAUACUCAGUGCCCUAAAACUAUGAUCUCUUUGUUUUUUCAUGUACCGAUUUGUGUUCUUCUCUUUUUAUUGCAAAGUCUAGAAAAGGGUAACCAGCGAUAAGGCAUUACAAGUGUCACAAAGGGAUGGAAGAUGAUGCCAUGCCUGAAGAAAAGUGCAACAGCCAUGAGAGUUCACUAUGAAAGCAGCUUUCUUCACGUCGGGACCAUUUACAUGAUGUUUGGUUACAUUUCUCAGAAUGUCAAGCGUCGCUAGUUGGGAAUUUGGUGAACUGAAGCCCAACACUGGAUUUAAUUUUCCUGGGCACCAGGUUGGGGAAAUCUGGUAUCGAUAUAGUUUUUCCCUCCAGAUUUGUGGGAUUCAACUCCCAGAGUUCUCAGCAAUAAUUAUGUUAUCUGGGAAUUUUGGGAGAUGAUUCAGAUAUCUGGAGAUGCCCGGGUUAGGAAAGAUUCUGUAUGUUUUGUAGAGACUGGGUGAUCAGCAUGAUUUCUAACAAAACUUGAAGAGUGGAGAGAAAGAACGCUUUUGAGCACUUUUAGAAGGUCUGCCAUGGUUUGUGGAAGGAAUUCCAGCCCUUUAAUUCUAAACUGUGAGAAGAUAGAAGUUGCCCUUACAUAUAUUAAUUGUAAUUGGAAGUGAAGAUAUUGAGUUAGAUAAAGAUCUGGCAUUGCCCGAUUGAAGUAUCUACUAGAUGAGGAAUAGAUAGCCCACAGUUCACUUUAUUGAGAUUUAAGUUAUCAAUUUCUCCUCUUCAAAGACGACCCAUGCAAAAUUAUGGUUUGUGGCACCCAUUGCCCCAACAACACCAUGCGUGAGAACUAUUUUCUGGCUCCCAGAUCACAUAUACAGACGCCUAUGCACAUUCCAUGUUUAAGUAUGACCUCGAUACAAGCAUACCUCAGAAUCAUGUGGCAAUGAAGGAGAGGGCCCAGAGAGAAUCAUAGCCCUGAUAUAUCUAGACAGAAUUAGGGUCACUUCAUGUUUAUUCCCAAGCACAGACUUCAGACACCAAAGGCUAUAAAACUUGCCUCCAGAAGCUGUGGAUGCUCCAACACUAGAAGUUUUCAAGAGGAGUUUGGACCACCACAUGUCAGGAAUGGUAUAGGGUCUCCUGCUUGAGCAGAGGUUGAACUAGAAGACCUCCUAUGUCCCUUCCAACUCUCGUAUUCUGUAAAGCUAAGGGAGAAAACAAAUCCUUGACUGGACAGGCAAUUGGUUAAUGUUGGUGUUUUCUUUGACAUGUUGGAUGGAGAAAAUUGUUUUAGAAGGCACAGAAAUGUCCUUGGAAAGAAUAGCCUUGUUUAAUUCUUGUUCCAUUUUGCCUUCCGCAGCAGACAGGAAAUAAUGCUUUUUUCCCCCCUUGAGGAAUGUCUCUACAGCAUGAAAUGCUUCAGAUCUCUGAGUUUAGAUUGUAACUUAGCUUUCGACUUGAAUUUUUGUGGGUACCAAUAUGUCACCAUGCAGUGCUUGGCAGUUUAAACAGGCACAUGAAUUUUAUUUAGGAGGAAGCAUCUCCUUGUAUUUGGAGUAGCAAAGUAUUUGUAUAUGUAUACACACACACACACACACACACACACACACACAUACACACACACAUGUUUUCAAAGGGAUAUUCUGGAACAGAAUGGGAUAGAAUGAUGGAUAAAAGACACAGAAGCAGGUACAGAUCAGAAAUACAGGUACUCUUUCAAAAAUUAAAAAAUGGUGGAGCUUUUAUGACGCCCAGUUCUGAAAUUCAUACCAAAUAUUAAUUGGAACGAUAGGAGUGAAUUAGGAACUUUAAGAAAAAGCUGACCACUUGAAUCUCCUUUUGUCCCCAAGAACUGCAUUCAGUGAAGGUGUACACACCAAAUGUUGUGUGUCUGGCACUGGGGAAAAAAAACAACCACACACAUGCUUCUUGCCAUUGUUUUUAAAAUGUGUGCUUUUCCAAACGAGACAAGAGUUUUCAGGUGCCAAAGUGCCUCCUCCCACUCUAUUUUCAUAGAACUUAACCGAGAAAGAGCAAAAUCUCUUUGCUCUUUCUCGGUUAAGCUGUAAUUCUGAAGGGGGAACUUCAGAACACUAAAUGGGCAAAGAAUCCUCUCAUUGCCAGCCCUGGUUUUUUUAAACGAGUUCCCCCAUAUUUUUCUGUACAUUUAAAUAGACUCCAAGAGUUGAUUUGCACCAUGUGUUUCUUAGGUUUAACUAUUUUGUUCGCUGCGGUUUCAAAAGAAGAACCGUAGCAUCACUCAGGAUGGACCCUGGAAAUAACUUGCUUACGAUUUGCAGAUUUCUCUGACACAAUUUGCAAUGGCCACCAUUCUUAAGGACUUUCAAAGAAAAAGGAUGAGCUGUCUAUCAAAAGCUAGUGGUGACCAGUAAGGGAACCUUUAUUCUCAGAAGCCAGAUGGGUUUUUUUAAAAACACAAAAAAACACACACACACACAGACACACAGGCAAGGACACCCUGCUUCUUAAUCUCCCAAAGCAUACAAUUUACCUUUAGUCCUUGGUCUUGUUGGGUUGCUUUGUCUAAUGCUAAAGGGUUCAGGUAGUCCUUGACUUAUGAACACAAUUGAAACCACAAUUGCCAUUGCUAAACAAGGUUUUCCCAGUUGCAAUGUAUGGCUGUGAAAGUUGGACCAUAAGAAAGGCUGAGCGCAAAA